AUGAAGCCAGGCUGUGCGGCAUGAUCUCCAGGGAAUGAAUGGAUUUUCUUCAGCACCGAUGAAAGAAACAUACACUAUAGGAAAACAAUGUCCAGCGGGGGACUGCAAAGAUCUGUCAUCCUGUCAGCGUUUAUUCUCCUACGAGCUGUUACUGGAUUCUCUGGAGACGGAAGAGCUAUAUGGUCUAAAAAUCCUAAUUUUAGUCCGGUAAAUGAAAGUCAGCUGUUUCUCUAUGACACUUUUCCUAAAAACUUUUUCUGGGGCGUUGGAACUGGAGCAUUUCAGGUGGAGGGAAAUUGGAAGACAGAUGGAAAAGGACCCUCUAUAUGGGAUUAUUUCAUCCACACACACCUUAAAAAUGUCAACAGCAUGAAUAGUUCCAGUGACAGUUACAUUUUUCUGGAAAAAGACCUUUCGGCCCUGGAUUUUAUAGGCGUUUCUUUUUAUCAGUUUUCAAUUUCCUGGCCAAGGCUUUUCCCCGAUGGAGUAGUAUCAGUUGCCAAUGCCAAAGGUCUCCAGUACUAUAAUACUCUUCUCAACGCUCUAGUGCUUAGAAACAUCGAACCUAUAGUCACUUUAUACCAUUGGGAUUUGCCUUUGGCGCUCCAAGAAAAAUAUGGGGGGUGGAAAAAUGAAACCGUAAUAGAUAUAUUCAAUGACUAUGCCACAUACUGCUUCCAGACGUUUGGGGACCGUGUCAAAUAUUGGAUUACAAUUCACAACCCAUAUCUAGUUGCUUGGCAUGGGUAUGGGACAGGUAUCCACGCCCCGGGAGAGAAGGGAAAUUUAGCAGCUGUCUACACCGUGGGACACAACCUGAUCAAGGCUCAUUCAAAAGUUUGGCAUAACUACAACAGAAAUUUCCGCCCACAUCAGAAGGGUUGGUUAUCGAUCACGCUGGGAUCCCAUUGGAUUGAACCAAACAGAUCAGAAAAUACAAUGGAUAUACUCAAGUGCCAACAGUCCAUGGUUUCUGUGCUUGGGUGGUUUGCCAGCCCGAUCCAUGGGGAUGGUGACUAUCCAGAGGUGAUGAAAAAGAAGUUGCUCUCCGUUCUACCCCAGUUCUCUGAUGCGGAGAAGAAUGAGGUGAGGGGAACAGCAGACUUCUUUGCCUUUUCCUUCGGACCCAACAAUUUCAAGCCCCACAACACCAUGGCCAAAAUGGGACAAAAUGUGUCACUCAAUUUAAGAGAAGUGCUGAACUGGAUUAAGCUGGAAUAUGGCAAUCCCCGAAUCUUGAUUACAGAGAAUGGCUGGUUCACAGACAGUCACGUGAAAACUGAAGAUACCACAGCCAUCUACAUGAUGAAGAACUUCCUCAACCAGGUUCUUCAAGCAAUAAAGUUUGAUGAAAUACAAGUGUUUGGAUACACAGCCUGGUCCCUCCUGGAUGGCUUUGAAUGGCAGGAUGUUUACACCACUCGCCGGGGAUUGUUUUAUGUGGAUUUUAAUAGUAAACAUAAAGAAAGAAAGCCCAAGUCUUCAGCACGUUACUAUAAACAGAUCAUACAAGAAAAUGGUUUCACUUUAAAAGAGUCCACACCAGAUGUGCAGGGUCAGUUUCCCUGUGAUUUCUCCUGGGGUGUCACUGAAUCUGUCCUUAAGCCCGAGUCGGUGGCUUCCUCCCCACAGUACAGCGAUCCUCACCUGUAUGUGUGGAAUGUGACCGGCAAUAGACUGUUGCACCGAGUGGAAGGAGUGAGGCUAAAAACACGGCCUGCUCAAUGCACGGAUUUGGUCGGGGUCAAAAGACAGCUUGAGAUGUUGGCAAAAAUGAAGGUCACUCACUACAGGUUUGCUCUGGACUGGCCCUCAAUCCUUCCUACUGGCAACCUGUCCAUGGUUAAUCGACAGGCUCUGAGGUACUACAGGUGCGUGGUCAGUGAGGGGUUGAAGCUCAACAUCUCCUCAAUGGUCACACUGUACUAUCCGACCCAUGCCCAUCUAGGCCUCCCGGAGCCGCUGCUGCACAGCGGGGGGUGGCUGAACCGGUCCACGGCCAAGGCCUUCCAAGACUACGCCGACCUGUGCUUCCGGGAGCUGGGGGACCUGGUGAAGCUCUGGAUCACCAUCAAUGAGCCCAAUCGGCUGAGUGACAUCUACGAGCGCUCCAGUAACGACACCUACUGGGCAGCCCAUCACCUGCUGAUCGCCCACGCACUGGCCUGGCACCUCUACGACCGUCAGUACAGGCCUGCGCAGCGCGGGGCCCUGUCGCUGUCUCUGCACUCGGACUGGGCUGAGCCCGCCAAUCCCUACGCCGACUCGCACUGGAAGGCGGCAGAGCGUUUCCUCCAGUUCGAAAUCGCCUGGUUCGCAGAACCUGUCUUCAAGAGCGGCGACUACCCGUUGGCCAUGAGGGAGUACAUUGCCUUCAAGAACAGGCAAGGGCUCUCGAGCUCCACGUUGCCACAGUUCACUGAGGAGGAGAGGAGGUUGGUCAAGGGCACUGCUGACUUCUACGCCCUGAACCACUUCACCACCAGGUUUGUGAUGCACGAGCGCCAGAACGGCAGCAGCUACAGCACAGACAGGGACAUCCAGUUUCUGCAGGACAUUACCUGCCUGAGCUCCCCCACUCGCCUGGCCGUGGUGCCCUGGGGAGAGCGCAAGGUGCUGAGAUGGAUCCGGAGAAACUACGGAGACGUGGAUGUUUACAUCACGGCCAGUGGCAUCGACGACCAGUCUCUGGAAAAUGAUGAACUCCGAAAGUACUACUUAGAGAAGUACAUUCAGGAGGCUUUGAAAGCACACCUGCUUGAUAAAGUCAAAAUCAAAGGCUAUUACAUAUUCAAACUGACUGAGGAAAAAUCUAGACCCAGAUUUGGAUUCUUCACAUCUGAUUUCAAAGCUAAAUCCUCAAUCCAGUUUUACAACAAACUGAUCAGCAACAAUGGCUUCCCUUCUGAGAAUGGUAGUCCUCAAUGCAGUCAGACUCAGAGAAACACAGAGUGUAUUGUCUGCUUAUUUCUUGUGCAGAAGAAACCACUGAUAUUCUUUGGAUGCUGUUUCUUCUCCACCCUGCUUCUACUUCUAUCAAUUACCAUUUUUCAUAAGCGAAAGAGAAGAAAAUUUUGGAAAGCUAAGAACUUACAACAUAUACCAUUAAAGAAAGGCCACAAGAGAGUUAUAAGCUAAAUUGCUAUGUCUGUAUGAUAGAAUAAAAUUCACUCCAGUUCUAUAUACUGGUAACUAUAAGUUUCUAUACUUGUACUAUAGAAAAAAGACAAUUUGAAAUAAUAGUGACAGCCAAGGCAAUGACAAUCACUGUCUCUGCUCUAUGGUUCAAAUUUUCCCCUAGGUGUGACCUGAGUGACUUGGGUUCUUGGAUCUGAAGAUGUCACCUAGACAGUAAGAGGAUUAUCUGAGACAUUGUUUCAUGAGUUUGAUGAGCUGUUUCCUAUCAUUCUUCUCCAGUUUUUUCUAUAAAUACCAAUAGCUACUUAUGAUAAAAGAAAUUUUGAAAAAAGGCGCAACUUUGUUAAUACACUCUAGCAGAGAUUUAAAUGAGGCUUUAAAUUUCUUUUUUUGUCUUUUUCUAGGGCUGCACCUGAUGCAU